UCAGGUUUUCUUGAAAUUCGUUUCCGUUGCGGCAAAGGCAGAGGGAUACAUCUCUUGCGAUCGAGUGUCCAUCUUCUCCACCUCUUUCUCCUUCUCUUUUUCCUCUUCCUCCACCUCCACCUCCACCGUCACCUCCUCCUUCUCUUCCUCCUGCUCGCUGCCCAUCUCGUCUCAACACGAAUCCAUAUGUAUGGGGUAGCAGUGCUCGACGCAAAUGUGCUGACUACAUUACGCCCGGCUAUAUAAGAUAGCCGGACAACCAUCCUAUCCCCACAGACCGAGCCAGAUCGGCGGACCGUUCACAGACGGGCCCACAAGGAGCUUGCGUCCUGAUCGGUCAGUAGGUACGAUCAGCAUUCAUAUUUCUCUUUGGGGAAGGAAGCGAGAGAUUGUCCGGGACUGGAGUCGAGAAGAUUCAGGAACAAUCGAACCAUUAAGAUCCACGUGUGUGUCUUGAUUCGAAAGAGAUUGAAUCCAAAGAGACUUUCAAUCUGGAUAACUCGUUGUUAUAAGAAGCGCCAGAAAACUUUCUUCCGGGUCACACGGGAAGGGGAGGCAAGUGGCAGAAGAAGUAACGAGAGCGGGUAUUUUUCAGUGAAGAAAUUUGUGAUUGUGUUGGAAAAUGAUCUCUAUCAGCGCCACGACGUACUUUUUGCUCGCCGUCACCCUUGUGGCUUUGAUCUUAAUCCUGGUGGAUCAUAUCAGAGGGAAGAAGACGUCAAAGAGGUUGUACGACGGCGAGGAGUCAUCCACUUUAUUGGAUCCACCAGGACCCAAGCCGUGGCCGAUCCUCGGUUCUCUUCAUAUCUUGGGACGGUACGAUGUGCCUUACAAAGCCUUCGCCGACCUCGUCAGGGUCUACGAUAGUCAGGUGAUCAAGCUCAAGUUGGGCUCCCUACCCUGCGUCGUCGUCAACGGACUGGAAAACAUUAAGGAAAUCUUGAUCGCCAAAGGCCACCACUUUGACUCUCGGCCGAACUUCAUCAGAUAUCAUCUUCUCUUCGGCAACAAGGAGAACUCCCUGGCGUUCUGUAACUGGUCGGAUGUUCAGAAGACACGAAGAGAGAUGCUACGAGCGCAUACUUUCCCGCGUGCCUUUACUACACGAUACAACCAAUUGAACGGCAUCAUCGGUGGCGAGGUGGAACUGCUGGUAGAUUAUCUCAACGGCAUCGCCGGCGAAAGCUUGCACGCCAAGCCGCUGAUCAUGCACACGUGCGCGAACGUCUUCGUCAAGUACUUCUGUUCGCGUAGCUUCCCUCUCGGCGACGUUCCCUUUCGCUUAAUGAUUGAGAAUUUCGACAAGGUGUUCUUCGAGGUGAACCAGGGCUAUGCCGCGGACUUUAUGCCGUUCCUGAUGCCGUUGCACCAGAGGAACAUGACGAGGAUGAUUAGUUGGACUCACGAAGUCAAGCAAUUCAUGGAGAAGUACAUCAUCGGGGACCGUCUAGCCAACUGGAAAGCGAUUAUACCCGAAGAGGAUUACGUGGACUGUCUGAUCAAUCACAUCAAGACUGAUGCCGAACCUAGGAUGACCUGGGACAUGGCGAUGUUCGCGCUGGAAGAUAUCGUAGGAGGUCACUCGGCUGUCGGCAAUCUUCUUAUCAAGAUUCUUGGAUACCUGGUCACUUUACCGCAUGUGCAGAGAAUGGCGCAGAUGGAGAUUGACAGCGUCGAGAUUCCAGGCAGAUUUGUCGGCUUGGAGAACCGGGGAAAAAUGCCGUACACGGAGGCUAUCAUUCUCGAAUCGAUUAGGCUGAUUGCUAGUCCGAUUGUACCGCACGUGGCCAACCAGGAUAGUUCCGUAGCCGGCUAUAAGAUCGAGAAGGACACGUUUAUCUUCCUGAACAACUAUGAUCUGAACAUGUCGGAGGAGCUGUGGACAUCCCCUAAAGAGUUCAUGCCAGAUAGAUUCGUGCAAAACGGCAAACUCUCGAAGCCGGAGCACUUUCUACCGUUCGGUGGAGGCCGGAGAUCUUGCAUGGGCUACAAGAUGGUCCAGUAUAUCAGCUUCUCAACAAUAGCUACUCUGCUGAAGAACUUCAACAUAGUGCCGGUAGAGAACGAGAUCUACAAGGUUCCCAUCGGCAAUCUGGCGCUUCCAGAGAAGACUUUCAACUUCCACUUCGAGAGACGGUAGGCAGAGUACGACGACGAAUUCGAUCGGGUCGAUCAAGUCGGAAUGCAAUUUCGAUUUCUCGUCGAGUAAUCGAGAAUGACAUUUGACAUUUACCUCGACUCGAUCACGAGCUAUGCUCCCGAAAACUCGGUCACCGAUCGCGAAACAUCAACGAGACCGAAUCGUCGCGUCGUACGGAAUACAAAGUUGAAAGAGGAUAUUCGAUGAUAAAAAGCAAUAAUAUAUCCAACGCGAAUCAGCAGCUAAAAAGAGGCUUUUGACUUAAAUGAAGCUUUACUGACGUUAGGGAGGAUUAGAUACAGGAACGAGUGGAAGAUAUUCCGCCAAUAGAGCUUUACUGACAUUACUAGAUUGUUAAGAUAGCUAAUUGGAUCGCUCCUCGAUUCAUGUCCUAGAUGCAAGAACGCGUGAAGCCGACUUUCGAGUUUUCUUAAUUAUCUUGUAUUUUAUUAAUUAUUUUAUAUUGUGUGAGAUCUGGAUUUAAUUAAAAGUUAUACGAUUUGAAAAGUAUUGUAGAUAGUAUUAUUGUAGAUAAUUUUUUUAUUUCACCGAUUUAAUGUUAGUUUAAUUUUAAUCUUAUAUGUUAUUUUAUAUUAAUAGACUUUUAAUUUCUUGUUCUAAUUAAUUGAUUAACAAAUUGCAGCGAUGAAUUAAUCGCAAAUGAAUCUGCAAGAUCAAUCGCGAUAUUCUUGCUCAAUCAAGUGAUAAGUAUGGUAGAAGCUCUUUAAGUUUCGACCAUGAACGAGAACUGUUUAGGAGAAAUUAUCACGUCUUGCUUAUUAUUUGGCGAAUCGUCAUUUGUGAAAUGAGAUCUCUUUCGUAGAAAUGUUAACAAAAAGGCAUAUCACAACAGAGAGAGAGAGAGAGAGUGCUAGGGCUAAAGUCCGGACGAUUCACGCGUAUAUAUAUAUAUAUAUAUAUAUAUAUAUAUAUAACUUCGAUUUAAUACUUAAUGAUAAUCGAAGAAGAAGAAGACUGAACAAUAGCAUCUUAAAUGUGUAUUAUACAACUGGCAUUUAUUCCUUGUUGAAGAAUGCGCAGUUUUGUUACAUGCGUUAGAAUCUACUCGCAACAAUGAAUUUUGCGGAGGAUUCCAGCUUAUUCCACUUUUCUACUCGAAAACUUAAGAUUUUAUUUUACUUUUACGAUAGAAAGGUACGAAUUUUUUAUUUUUUACGCACGUAAAUUGUGCAUCGUAAAUUAUACAUCGCGUUUUUGUUUCUUCUUCUUCUUGCUCAUAAUAUUGACUUGUAGCAUUAAUUAAAUUAUAAUGCACGCGUAUAUUUUCCCAUUCUCGUUAUAUAUCGUCGUUUAAAAAAGUCUCGUAACGUAAGAUAGUGUGAAGUAGUUUCUAUUUAAGAGUACAGAAGCAGAGACAAGGGAGAAAAGCAAUUUAAAGGGUCGCAUUAAAGAAUAAAACUGCGAAGACUCGACAUCGUUUUUUCUCGAAAUGUUCGAAUUCUCGAUUUUUGACAGAUAUUUCUCUUCCUGUACUACCUCGCAGGUAAUAAUUUAUUUUGAUUAUUGUGCAUCUAUUAAAGUAUUACGUUAAUUAUUA